UUUCCAGCGAUGCUCUUGCUCAUACUCGCUAUUUCUCACCCAUAGACGCUUUCAUGUUUAGACUUUCACGCGCAUAUUUAUGUCGGUCAUUUUUGCAGACACUUGCAACAUGCAUUAAUGCAUAGGCGAAGGCGAUGGGUUCAGGUGCAUCCUAUUCCUGGCGAAUUGUUUAUCAAAUAUUAUCACCAUCGGACAUGUUUCGGCAACAUGCAGAUAUACGUGAGGUGUGUGGGAUGUCUGCGGGUAAAUAAAUGAAGAACAUGUGGCUUUCCCUCGAGAAUGAUUGCUUAUGGAGAGACCUAUGAUUUUAAGGCUGAAGUUCUUCUGGUAAUUAAAAGAAGAACCUGCUACAUACAAGCAUUUUACCCUCUGGAUUUCAGCAAAUCUAUCAGGCCAGAGUAUGCCAUCUUCACCAACUCAUAGAAUCCUGCGACCCCUCCUGCUCGGUACCUUUUUACUAGGAUGCUUUGUGACUCUGUUUUUAAUGUACAUCAAGCCAUCUUCAAGCUGGUUGUCCAGCCCCAUUGAGUCCGAAACAUCCACAGUGCGAGUGAAAAGCCUCCUUACCAACAGAAGUGACCAAAACCAGACCACAAUUCUAGUCUGGCUUUGGCCUUUUGGGGAGACCUACGACCUGAAUGUCUGCAGCUCUUUGUUCAGCAUCGAUGGCUGCUUCAUCACCGCUGAUCGAAACCUUUACAACAAAUCUGAUGCCGUCGUCAUACAUCACAGGGACAUCACUAGUGACCUGUCCAACAUGCCACCUGUGUAUCGUCCUAUGCUGCAGAGAUGGAUCUGGAUGAACUUUGAGUCACCGUCACAUUCAUCUCAGUUAGCUGGUAUUGAAAACCUGUUUAAUUUAACUCUUAACUAUCGGCAGGAUGCUGAUAUAGAGGUGCCUUAUGGAUUGAUUGUCGCUGCCCAAAGAGAGGAGGACUUUGUGCCGCCAAGCAAGAAUAAGCUAAUUUGUUGGAUUGUCAGCAAUUGGAACCCGGAUCACGUACGAGUGAAAUACUACAACGAACUGUACAAACACAUUGAGGUUCAUGCAUAUGGGCAAGCGUUUGGCGAGUACAUUUCUGACCAAGACUAUUUCCCGACAAUCGCAAGCUGUAAGUUCUACCUGGCAUUUGAGAACUCUAUCCACAAGGACUAUAUUACAGAGAAAUUGUACAAUCCGCUCUCUGUUGGUACGGUACCAGUGGUGCUCGGCCCACCAAGGGAGAACUAUCAGAACUUCGUGCAGGGAAAUGCUUUCGUUCAUGUUGAUGAUUUCCCCUCUCCAAAGGAACUGGCUGAUUACCUGCUGUUCCUUGACAAAAAUGAGGAGCUUUACCUGAAGUACUUUGACUGGCAUAAACACUUCAAGGUGAAAAAGGCUUACUUCUGGGCUGAGCAUACAUGUCUUGCUUGUGAUUACGUGAGAAGGCACAAUGAGUACAAGUCAAUUAACAAGCUUGACAAGUGGUAUUGGGGUUAAUCCACACACAAACAUCUGGACCAGCUAAAAAAAAGUUGCUUGACAAUAAGAACUUUAUGUAACUUAGUUCAAAUAAGGGUCUGCUGUUGGCAUUACAGAUUUUUGUACAACAUCCCAAAAAAUGCUGUUAAUUUAGGUUAAUUUGGAGUUCGGUUUUGUUCAUCCAUUUUAUUAAUCUGGAUGCAAAUCAUGUAUUUUAUAGUUUAUUAUUUCGGCUUUUUAUUUUAUGCAUUUAUUUGAAAAGCUAGUUUUGACCAAAAUGAAUUUAAAACUCAAUUCCAAGGUUCAAAGCUUUCUCAUCCACCUACUGUAAGUACACAUCCAGGAAGUAUGUUUAUUUAGUGAGAACAGAACACUUUUCUGAAACUGAGAUAUUUAUGCUUUAUUUAUAUCAAUGUUGUGUACAUGUUAGUGAUAGAGUCAUCUAUGCAGUGUUUACAGAACUUAUGUUGUGCAAAAUGUCCAUGUGCUGUAAAUGUAAUGUGUUUAAGUACGUAUUUUGAGGAAACCUGCCUUCCAUUUCUAUGGUUUUGUAUGGAUGUUGUUAUGCGCGACCAUUGAUGCACUCAUAUUUUACCGUGUUAUAUUUGACCACAGUGAUCAAUGUAGUGCAACACUGUUACUGGAAAACAAACAUGUAAGGAGUGUCAUUGCUGAUAAUAAUGUUUUACUGUACUGUAUAACUGCUGAUAAUAUCACUGUUAAUUAACUUACAUGGCUUGGAUAUGUGUCAAAGUACUGUGAAGCUGUUUUUGAAAUAUUUAAAUGUUACAUUUCCUUUGUUUAACAGUGAAAUGUUGAUUUGAGAGUAAGAGGCUGAUGUACUGUACAUACAGACUUGAGUGGGUGGUACCAUAUUUUGAAGGUGUACAGAAAAUCACGCUCAGAUGUACAGUUUGAGAAAAAUGAAAUCAUAAUGUGAGAGGCAUAAUGACUGACUUUUUCAGUUUAGACACAAUCUGGUGUUGGAAGGAAAACUUGCCAUCUUGUCUCAGUUAGAAAUGAAUGCUCCAGUUUAGAUGUUUGCUGCCAAAGGUUUCUUUCUCAAAAGAGAUGCUUCUCUCUGAUCUUUUGCUCUGGGAUUCACACCAAUGCAUUUCUCAGAUUAGCCUUCCUUUCACGGUGCAAGACUGUUUUUGAUGUGCUAACAUAAACCUAAUCAAUCUGAUAUUAGAUGAGGUUUUAGUGGAGAACUCCUUAAUUGAUCACUAAGGGAUAGAGCAUGUUUAGUUUUUUGAUGGCAGUCUUUGCAAUGUUUGCUUCCCAAUGCUGAUACUCUUUGUUUUGACAUAUAUACAUUAACUGAUGAUAUAUGGAGAUAGCUUUUUGUAUGUAAAGGUUUCAGACCCAAUUCCUGCUGGUUUGAUGCGUGAAUUACACAUACAAUUGUGGGUUGAUGUUGUGGUGUCUGUCCUACUGUACAUUUGAACAGUUGAAAUUUGAAUUCAGAAUUGGAGUUUUGUUGCUUUUAGUCAAUAUCAUUUUGCUUUGAGGCUAUUUAUAUGCUUGUCUACUCCAACAGUUGGCAAUAUUAUCUUAUAGUAUGAAUAGGCUAUACAUUUUAAAUGUACAAUCUUUCUAGUCUCAAGUCUUAAGACCAUUUUUGAGCCAUGGGUUCCCCAAAUAAUAUAUAUUUUUUCUCAUCCUAGCCUAAUAGAAACACAUCACUAUACCUUAAUUUUUGCAAAAUUAUUUUUACAUGGCUCCUUGUACGUAUCGCAGCAAUUUUCUGGUGAAAUUAACACUAGAGGUGCUACAACAAAAAUGACAAAAAUCAUAAGUGAAAGGGAAGAUUAUCAGUACAUAAACACUGUUUUGCCUGUUUCUCAAUACAAUGCAAUCUAAUGACAUUUAAACACUUACUAUGGUGCAUGACCUGUAAGGUGAUACAUUUAUCAUUUGCAUUACAGAACAAAGCACAUUUACAAGUUUAUUCAAGCACAAAUUGUACUGGAUGAGUCCUGAUGAGAUUCAAGGUCAACACAUGAGCCAAAAGAGUCUUAAAAGCACCACAAAAUGACGUGGUUGCUUCGGCAAUUGUGUUUUUAUAUCACAUUUUCUUUUUCUGACACCAUUAUUUAAGUUUGUGGUUGAGGGUAGGAAUGUAGGUUUUGAUUUAAAACUCGAUAGAGCAUUAACCUUAGAAACCUCAUUUGUUUGGGAGAAAUUCUAACUUGCUUUUACAUUUCACCUCAGAACUGCUGCGUUACGUGUAAUUAACCACGUAAUGUAAUUUAGCAAAAAUGUUGCCACAAUCAACUUUCUUUUUUUCUUUUUCUUCUUUUUUUUUAACUUAUGAGUAAAACAAGAUUUUGUUCUACAACAUAAAUUACACCCAGUAAUACAUCAUAAGUAAAUUUUGAAGUUGAUAAUAAAGGAUUAAAACAAUGACUAUUUUAAAAAUAAAAAAAUAUUGGGAAAUUCCCAAGGGAACUGCAUGGCCAAUUAGCAAUUAGAGUAAGCAUGACUGAACAGCUCUAUAGCAAGCAGUAAUAAUUGUUCAAUUGGCUAUUUAAACAAAAUCGGGGAGGAGCUUUUCGAUAUGUCCUGGCCAAACUUCCUUUUUAAUAGGAAAUACAUCAACAUGGGAAAGAAAACUGCACUUGUCAAGCGAUUUCACGUGGUCUUAAAAUCCACCGGUGAUCAUCAUUGACAGUUUUUAACUUUUGUAUUUAUCUGCCAUCAGGGACCAUCAGUUAUAUAAAAUGCUAUAUAACAAUGUUGUUUAUCCAUAUUGUCUGUAUAUUACUCAAAUGUUCAAACACUGUUUGAUGAGCCGGACUCUUUAUAUGAAUUAAGAAAGAAGAUGUGUGGUCAUACAAGCUGCAUUACACAUCUCAGAUUAAUGUUUGUUUGAAGAUAAUCAGUUUGCCUUGAAUGCUCUUUAUGUAUUGUAAAUAGCUGUAAUGUUUGAUGAUCUCUUACAUGAGGAUGAAUGCACUGAAAUUACAUGAAUAAAAUAAGCCUUUGCACAAAAAAAGAAAAGAGGAGGCGUCUGCUACUGAAGACAAAUAUGACAUUGUUAUGCAGAUGCCGUUUUCCGUCCUUUAGGCAUUUUCCACAAUGAAAAUUAAUUUCUUAUUAAUAUAAUUUUUAGGAUUAGUGUUAAUCCUUUUGAUACUGUUGGACUGUUGUCAAGGAGAACUUCAGCUGAAAGUUUCGCUCAUGCACAAGCGUGUGAAUUUCUGAGCUGGUGACAGUUUCAGACUGAGUUGGAAACACAUGUAAAGGAAUAUCUCACCCAAAAAUGAAAAUUCUGUCAUCAUUUACUCAUCUCCAUGUUGUUCCAAACGUGUAUGACUUUAUUUCUUCCGUGGAACACAAUAGGAGAUGUUUGGCAGACUGUUAGAUACCGACAGACUCAAUCGUGAUUCACUUCCAUUACCUCACUUCUUUUUUCACAGUCAAUGAAAGUGAAUGGCGACUGAGGCUGUCAGUCCCUAGCAUUCAGUUCCUAACAUCUCCUUACGGUUUGGAAUGACAUGAGGGUAAGUUAAUGAGGAUGUCAUUUUCAUUUAAGAUGUUGUCUAAUUAAAAAAAAUUUGAACUGUGAAAUAAGAAAGACAUGUUUAUGAUUUCAUGAUGUAAAAAGUGAAUCAGAGAUUGCUUAUUUCCUUAUGGACCAUAAUUACUGACUUGUAUUGUUUUGCUGCCUCUCUCUCUUUAUUUCAUGUGCACAAUUGUUUGCUGUGAGCUCUUGGUUCCAUUUAAAACAGCCAUUGCAUUAUGAGUGUGUUAGUGGUGUCUGACUCAGAGCCCCUGCUGACUCAUACAUGUAGGCUGGUCGUACAGACGCCGGCAUGGAGUAUAAUGUCUCCUCUAUGCAUUAUGUACUCGAAUGCAAAAUGAGCCAUUAUUGUGCAAAGGAAUGUGAGGGUGAAUAGCAUUGUAAGGGUUCAUUGCAAUGUAAAUUGCCAAAAGAUUGUUAUUUGCCAAAUGAUUUACUUUAGAUGUCUGUUAGUAAAACUAAAAGAGAUCAAAUAAAAUGACA